GAGAGAGAGAGAGAGGAAGAGAGAGAAAGGAAAGGAAGAAGGCAGAAGAGAUCCAGAUCCAGGCACAGCAGUAGCUGUUCGUGGCAGAGCAGACUCAAGCUCCCUUCCCAGGCAGCACAUAGACUGACUUAACUGCCUCCUUCUCCUCCGCUAAGAGGCAGGAACCGCAAGCAGAACAGGGACAGCAGCAGCCAGCGGCAGCUCCAAGCUCCUACUCUUUCCCUCUGUGUCAGUUCCUCCCCCUCUCCAGCUCCCAGCCCACAGCUAUUUCCUUCUUCCAACCUCUUUAAGAUCCCUGGCUCCUUUCCCCUUCUCACCUCUCUCCCAUCUCCCCUCCCAUCCCCAUCCCACCUUUUCUCGCCUUCUUCCAUCCCCCUCUCCGUCUCUUUUUCUUUCUUUCUUUUUUUUUCUUGCUGCUUUCGUCCUGUCUCGAGAUAAGUGCUAUCUUUCCUAAUCCCCUGCCAUUUCAGCCCUAAAAACUGAAAAAAAAAGAGGGACUUUCUGCUUUUCUCUAGUGACAUUAUUAUUGCUAUCGGCUUUUUUUUUUUUUUUUUUUUUUAAAUUCCAAAAGUGCAAGACGAGGAAGAGAGAGAAGCCGGAAUCUGAUCGGCAGCCUUAAGUGCAAGUCUAGUACCAUAACAGUAACUGUUAUUGCUCUUUUUUAUGACUUAUUUCCUCUAAGAGGGAGGGAGGAACAAGAAAACUUCAGCUAUCUCCUUUGGUCAGUGAUUAUUAUUGCUUUGGAAGAAGUGAACCCCCCGCCCCCCCUAAGAGAAAGAGACCGAGAAAGAAAAGCAGAAAGAGAGCCUGCGUUUCCCUUCGUCUUCGCAGCAGCAGCGGCUAAAGGACAGACCGAGCAGCGCGCGGGAGCAGCUGCGGAGAUCGGCCAGAGGAUGCGGGGCUCCGAGCCCCGGGCUGCGGGGCGGCGGCGGCGACGUCUCCCCAGCGGCUGCGGUGCUGCCGGCCACCGCAGUGGGACUUGCGACUCCUCUUCGGCCACCGUGUCUUUGGCAGGGUGCUGCUCCGCUCCCCGGCGAGCUCCUCUUUGGACUUGUCUCCUACUGUGCGCGGCACUCCGGACCCUCCUAGCCAGCCCGAGCAAUGAAGUGAAUUUACUAGACUCACGCACAGUAAUGGGGGAUCUGGGAUGGAUUGCUUACCCAAAAAAUGGGUGGGAAGAGAUUGGAGAAGUGGAUGAGAAUUAUGCCCCAAUUCACACUUAUCAAGUAUGCAAAGUUAUGGAACAGAGUCAGAAUAACUGGCUUCUGACCAGUUGGAUCUCCAAUGAAGGUGCUUCCAGAAUAUUCAUAGAACUCAAAUUUACUCUGAGGGACUGUAAUAGCCUUCCAGGAGGACUUGGGACAUGCAAGGAGACUUUUAAUAUGUAUUAUUUUGAAUCAGAUGAUGAAGAUGGGCGGAAUAUCAAAGAAAACCAGUAUAUCAAAAUAGACACAAUUGCUGCAGAUGAAAGUUUUACUGAACUGGACCUUGGCGACCGAGUCAUGAAACUUAAUACAGAAGUCAGAGAUGUUGGGCCUCUGACCAAAAAGGGAUUUUAUCUUGCUUUUCAAGAUGUGGGUGCUUGCAUUGCUCUGGUAUCAGUGCGUGUGUACUACAAAAAGUGUCCUUCUGUGGUUCGAAACUUGGCACUCUUUCCAGAUACAAUAACUGGAGCAGAUUCUUCUCAAUUGCUAGAGGUAUCAGGCUCCUGUGUUAACCACUCUGUGACUGAUGAGCCACCCAAGAUGCAUUGCAGUGCUGAAGGAGAAUGGUUGGUUCCAAUUGGGAAAUGCAUGUGCAAAGCAGGAUAUGAAGAGAAAAAUGGCACCUGUCAAGUGUGCAAACCUGGAUUCUUCAAAGCCUCACCUCAGAGCCAGAGCUGCAGCAAGUGUCCACCUCACAGUUAUACCCAUGAAGAAGCUUCGACCUCUUGUCUCUGUGAAAAGGACUAUUUCAGAAGGGAAUCUGACCCACCUACAAUGGCAUGUACAAGACCCCCCUCAGCUCCUCGGAAUGCCAUCUCAAAUGUUAACGAAACUAGUGUCUUUCUGGAAUGGAUUCCUCCUGCUGACACUGGUGGAAGGAAAGAUGUGUCAUAUUAUAUUGCAUGCAAGAAGUGCAACUCCCAUGCAGGUGUGUGUGAGGAGUGUGGCGGUCAUGUCAGGUACCUCCCCCGUCAAAUCGGCCUGAAAAACACCUCUGUCAUGAUGGUGGAUCUCCUCGCUCACACAAACUAUACCUUUGAAAUUGAGGCAGUGAAUGGCGUAUCCGACUUGAGUCCAGGAGCCCGGCAGUAUGUGUCUGUAAAUGUAACCACAAAUCAAGCAGCACCUUCUCCAGUCACUAAUGUGAAAAAAGGAAAAAUUGCAAAAAAUAGCAUCUCUUUGUCUUGGCAAGAGCCAGAUCGUCCCAAUGGAAUUAUCCUGGAGUAUGAAAUCAAAUAUUUUGAAAAGGAUCAAGAGACCAGCUACACAAUUAUCAAAUCUAAAGAGACAGCAAUUACCGCAGAUGGUCUGAAACCAGCUUCAGUAUAUGUCUUCCAAAUCAGAGCGCGCACAGCAGCGGGCUAUGGUGUCUUCAGUCGAAGAUUUGAGUUUGAAACCAUCCCAGUGUCAGUUGCAGCCUCUAGUGAUCAAAGCCAAAUUCCUAUAAUUGCUGUAUCUGUUACAGUGGGAGUCAUUUUGCUGGCGGUGGUUAUUGGUUUCCUCCUCAGUGGAAGUUGCUGUGAAUGUGGCUGUGACAGGGCUUCUUCCCUGUGCGCUGUUGCCCAUCCAAGCCUAAUAUGGAGGUGUGGCUACAGUAAAGCAAAACAAGACCCAGAAGAGGAAAAAAUGCAUUUUCAUAAUGGGCACAUUAAACUACCAGGAGUAAGAACUUAUAUUGAUCCACAUACCUAUGAGGACCCUAAUCAGGCUGUUCAUGAAUUUGCCAAGGAAAUAGAAGCUUCCUGCAUUACCAUUGAAAGAGUUAUUGGGGCAGGAGAAUUCGGUGAAGUCUGCAGUGGACGUCUAAAAUUACCAGGAAAAAGAGAAUUUCCUGUGGCUAUCAAAACCCUUAAAGUGGGUUAUACUGAGAAACAAAGGAGAGAUUUCCUUGGGGAAGCAAGUAUCAUGGGGCAGUUUGAUCACCCCAAUAUCAUCCAUUUGGAAGGCGUUGUGACAAAAAGUAAACCAGUAAUGAUAGUGACAGAGUAUAUGGAGAAUGGAUCUUUAGAUACAUUUUUAAAGAAAAAUGAUGGACAAUUUACUGUGAUUCAGCUAGUAGGAAUGCUGAGGGGCAUUGCCUCUGGAAUGAAGUACCUUUCAGACAUGGGUUAUGUUCAUAGGGAUCUUGCAGCCAGAAACAUCUUAAUCAACAGUAACCUGGUAUGCAAAGUAUCUGAUUUUGGACUUUCCAGGGUACUAGAAGAUGACGCUGAAGCAGCAUACACUACACGAGGGAGGAAAAUCCCAAUCAGAUGGACUGCACCUGAAGCUAUUGCCUUCCGCAAGUUCACCUCUGCCAGUGAUGUCUGGAGUUAUGGAAUUGUGAUGUGGGAAGUGGUUUCUUAUGGAGAGAGACCAUAUUGGGAAAUGACCAAUCAGGACGUAAUCAAAGCUGUUGAGGAAGGAUACCGUCUGCCAAGUCCUAUGGACUGCCCUGCUGCUCUGUACCAGUUAAUGCUGGAUUGCUGGCAGAAAGACAGAAACAGCAGACCCAAGUUUGAUGAAAUUGUCAGCAUGUUGGACAAGCUCAUCCGUAACCCAAGCAGCUUGAAGACACUGGUUAAUGCAUCAAGCAGAGUGUCAAACUUAUUGGCAGAACAUGGUCCUCUGGGAACUGGGGCCUACAGAUCAGUAGGUGAAUGGCUGGAAGCCAUCAAAAUGGGACGGUAUACAGAGAUUUUCAUGGAAAAUGGAUACAGUUCAAUGGAUGCUGUGGCUCAGGUGACCUUGGAGGAUUUGAGACGACUGGGAGUGACUCUUGUCGGUCACCAGAAGAAGAUAAUGAACAGCCUUCAAGAAAUGAAGGUCCAGCUGGUAAAUGGGAUGGUGCCAUUAUAACUCUGUUUUGACGUCACUUCCUCAAGUGAUAGAUUCUGCACUUUGUAAACUAGCCAUGAGAUUGAUUUUGAUGCAAAGAAACAGGAAAAAAAAUUGAUUCCACAAAAUUUGUAACCAGUAUUUGAUGAAAAUCUCUUUUGCUUUCUUCUGUCUUCAUUUUUCAUGAAGUAAAAAAAAAAAAAAAAAAAUACAACAUGCAUGAAACAAAGAAGUGGAAAUACUAUGUUUAGGUUAACCAUUUUCUUAUGCUUCUGCAAAAACAAAAUCCUUCCCACAACGCUUUGUACAUGGAAUAUGAAUAUAUAUGAAGCACCUUUAUAUCCUGAAUAAUGGCAGCACAUGUUAAUACUUCCAAUGACUUACUUGAAUGGAAAUAGUUUUGUGGCCAUUUGUGGGCCAACAAAAAAGCUGCAGUUUACUGAAGUUUACUUCGAGUCUUAAUUGUCUACAAAAGUGUAUUGAAGAGCAAUAUGAUUAGAUUUUUUUCUUAAUAGAUAUCUCAUUUUAUAAAUUUAAAAUGCUGUUACACAGCAUUAAGUUAUAGAGACUAGUGUAUAAACAUAUUGCUUGAUUAAUGCAAAUACAAUACAGGGUGUAUAUUUAUUUUUCUGUGUUAUAAAAUUGAGUUUAGUUUGCUCUUCUGGAGAUUAUUACUGAAAAUGUCUGUAUAUUAUGUACAGUUUGCUACAUAUCCAGGUACACAUUUGGGUUGGGGGUGGAUGGGAAUAUUAGGGGUUCUGUGUAUGUUAUACUCUGCUUGUAUUUUUCCCAUUGUUUUGAUUCUAGCAACAUAGAUGAACAAGUUUUAGACAUUUAGAAUGCAUAUAAGACAAGGAAGAGUACAACUGAAAAUGAAACAAGUUUGUCUUUCCCCCCUUCUCUCCAUGUGUCCAAAUGGCAUUAAAUCUCUCUAUCCACUAACAGAAAAUGUCUAUAAGAUUAAAUCCCCUUUGGCUUUUUAAAAAACACUUUGUGAUAUCUGUGACAAUGCAGUUCUUCUAGCCAUUAAUCUUGCUCCACCAUAAGAAAUUUCACCUUUUGGAAUCACUGAAAAUAUCUUGUCAGGCAAAGUUGACACCAAAGGGCACAUUGUCAGUGGGAUGUAGAGGGAUUUAACUGUGCGAGUUCCCAUUAAUGUUGUUAAAUCCAUGGGCACAGCACUAAGCAUUUACCCCUAAGUGUUAAUCCUUUGUAAGCAGUGCCAUUGUGGCUCUGCCAUAGUAAUUUUGAUGUAAAGGCAGCACUGGGAUGACAACUAGCAUAUAUUUUGCUCCAGGAUUUCCUCUGACCUAAGUCUUCCAAAAGUUGUAUUUGCAGAUAAUUGGUUAUUCAUAUCAUGACUCCAACUCUGAUUCUGUUAUGUGAUAAUGAUGCUUUGGGGAAUGGAAUUCUGUAGCAGUUGUGUACAUGAAAAUACUUAAUUUUGUUUUUUUAAAAAAAUCAGUGUUACUUCAAAAGGCAAGAAGAAAAUGUCAAAUGUAUAAAUCCAGAAAACCCUAUCUAGUGAUGACUGGCAAUAACAGGUCCAAAAUAAUGCAUGAUGGUCCGCAAAAUCUUUGGAAGUGUGAUCAUGCAAGCUAGCCUACCUAAAAACUUAUACAUUGUAAUUUGUUAGUUUGUGUCAUAUAAUUACUAGCAUUAAUCUAUACAUGUAAGGAGGACAAAGUGAAGCUUAGAUAUAAGCAACUCUAGAUCAUGCAUUGUAAACAAUACUAGACUAGAAAACAGAGAGAAUAUAAGAUUUCAUUUCUUCAUAGAAUUUAGUUUCUUUCCUAAUUUGGAUGCCAAGGGAAAAAUAGAAAUAAUUGACUUUUUUUCCUUUCCAUCUUACUAGUUAGUGUAACAUGGCCAUUUGGCAGAAGAAAAAAGGAAGAAAACCAGAGGUUUAAAAAAAAAAUUUGCUAAUGGUUGCCAAUAAAUUUAAUGAUCAAGAGUUAACUUUAUGAUCUUUUUAUAUAUAAGUUUUGCUUCAUUCAUAUUCCUAGAUAUCAAAGGAACCUGUUAAAAAGUUAAUUAUUUUCUCCUUGAAAUAAUAUUAAUAAGCCAUAGUUAGUAAAAUGUAUCAUUGUGGUUUACCCGCUUCAAUUAAUAUAUGCAAUUUGGACAAUUUAUUGUUAAAUAUAAUUAAAAUUUUGAUUUUUUUUGGAUUUGUUUAAAAUUGAGUGAGAAAAGUAGCAAUUGAGAAAAAUCUAAUUGCUGUUAAAAUAUUUUAUCAUUUUUUAGUCCUUAAUAUAAUUCCCUUAAUGGUAGGACAACUACACAAAUCCUUUGGAUGCAGAGAGUAAUUUCCAAAAUGAAACUGAGAAUUAACUUUAUGAUUUAAAGAAAUUUUCUAAGAUUCUAAAGUAUAACCUAACAUAUAAGGUUAUAUAAAUAUAUAUGCAUAAUAUAUGUAUUUAUGUAGCUCAUAUCACAUAAACAUGUAUACAUACAGUCACCCAAAAUAUUUCCUACUUGUAAAUUCUUGAUAUUCAUUUGAAUGAGUUUCCAUAGCAGGAAGUCUUUAUGAGGAUUUUAAAAUGUUCACAUAAAUACUAAGUCCAUCAUGAGAAGCCAUCUUUGCACAGAUUUUUAAAAUAUUGUCAAUUUGGCUGAAAAUAAGAAAAGGAGGUUUUCCUCAUAAAUCUGAUGAAGUCAUAAAAGUAAGAACAAAUGCCUGGCUAACAUAUUUGUUCACCCCUGGAUAUAACACCAAUUGGAAAGGUGCCAAGCUUAUCUAUAAAUGUGAGAAAUGGAUAAAGGAAAAGAGUUGGAUGGGCAGAUUUCAUGAAAUUCAGUGAGGCAGGAAGACCAGGAGAAGGUUUGACAAAUCUUGAUGGUGUGAUUCCUCAUCUUAUUGUUUCAUUUUGUCAGGCACCAGGACAUCACAAAUAAAAUUGAGACAAGAUAGUUUUAGCACAUAAAGGAGAUUUGUCAAAUAAUAAAUAACAUUAUUAGAGCUGUCAGUAGAAAUAUCUUUUGGGUAUUUGUAUCUUCCUAACUGCUGGACCUUGUAAAGUAGUUACCACGGGGAGGAGACACGAGCUCACCAAUAUCUGUUGAAAUGUCACAAUUAUUAGUUUUAUCCAUCAGAGCUUGAUUUUGACUUCUGUCUUUGGCUCAAUUGUACUAUGACCUAUCUGGGUUGCUCCUUUUUUUGAAUGGUAAAGCAUGAAAAUGUAUAUAUAAAAUGUAAGGGUUUAUUUCUUUUCUGUUUCUGAUUUUUUUAUAUGUUUGUAUUUCUGUAAAGUACCUUGUCCUUGCUUACUGUACAUUGAAAUCAAAUAUGUAUCUAUAUAAUAGUGUUCUGGAAGUUAGGCAAUGUUGUAGAAAUCACAUUUCCAGUAGAAUUUUAAAACAUGGGGUAAGCCAGGCUUAAUAACUGCAGCUAUUAGAAAGAAUAAACUAUUAGACAAAAGAACAUGUCCUUACUGCCCUUACAUACAUGCAAAGAAAUUGUACAACUCUUCUGAAUAUAGCAGCAUUAGAAAACAAAGAAAUAAGCAAAAACCCUUGAGUUUCAUUUUAUCACUUACAUAGCAAUUAGUCUAUGCUGUAUUUUAAUCUGAGAGGAAACAUUACCAAAAAAGACAUAACAAUGCCAUUCAACUGAUGUGGGACAUAAAAAGCAGAGAAAGAAAAAUUUGCCUUUGGAAGGCAUUUUUGGAUAUAUCCCAAUUUAGUUCAUAGAAAGUAAAAUAAGCUUAAUAUCAGGAAUUAGUCAUUUGCUAAGUAAUUUUAAUAUUAUUACAUAGUUAAUUGAGCUCAUUUGUUCAUACUAAACAGGAAAAAAGAGAAAGCUAAGCACUAUAGUUAGCAGUCUUUUCUGUCAUCUUUGGCAGACAGCUAAUCUAAAAAUAAAAUAAAUUCAUGUACAGUAAGAUAAUGAUGAUGUAAAAUAAUGAGAAUUAAAAUGUUAGCUUUACUUAGAAUUUAUAACUGGAAUAAGUGAAAGCCAUUUGUUUUGUUUUCAUUUAUAUUAGGUUUCUUGAGUCCAAUUCUAGUCCAGCUGGAUUAUUUUGUCCAGUAUAUUUUGCUGCUAUGGUAAUGUAUCAAAGCAUUUGAUAGAUAAUAAAAUUAUUUUUAUGACGUUCUUAUUCAUCUAAAUAAGAGAACAUCUCUUUAAAAAUGACCCUUCUAAGGUUCUUGUUCAGGAUAACAUCUAUUAUUGCUAUGUGAAGACAUCACUUAACACAAAAGGGCUGAUUGACAACCAUCAGAUGCAAAAUGUAUUUAAUCCCUCCAAAUAUUACAAGAGGGAAAAUUAAGGUAACAAGCAAAGUAGUAUUAAUUCAGCAUUUAAUAUAUAUAUGUGUGUAUGUUUAAAAAAAUAAAAAAACCUGUAGAAGUCCCAGUGGUCAAGAGAUUGUGAAUCUUUAGACUGCAAUAGUUUUACAAUUAGUCUUUAACAAGUAUGUGAAUUACAUGAAUAGCAGCUUCAGAGUUAUAUUUAGUCUCAGUCUUUGAUUAAUAUUUUCAUCAAUAUCCACUGGUGCCAUGCAGGUAAAAAGUGACUCAGUCCACAUUUUCAUAGUUUGUAGUAGCCAAUAGGAAAGCUCAGUUCUUUGCCUGAGAAUUUUACUUGUAGAAAGCAUAGAUAUAGUAUUGCUAUAUUUAUUUCUUUUUUUUUAAUUUGAUGCUCUGUGUGCAUUUUGUUUGUGUACAUGUUUUUGUAGUGUAAGAUAUGAAAUUUUCUAUUUUUUCAUAAAAUAAAAAAAAACUUUGAAUACAGUUAAA